AUGGCAACGCAAGAUGAUUUCGGAGCAGGUAAAUUUAAUGCCUCAGUUGCUGUCUACUGUGGGAGCGCUCCCAAAUUCAAACCCAGAUACACAGCUCUGCGAGGUGGAAGCAUUGAUUCGAACUUGCAGCUUUGUGGCAGCAGCUGGAUCACUGAAGAAGGAGGUGAGGCCAUCUCUCCCCUGGAUGGCUGGGUCAGCAAGGCCAGUGUGCAUGACCUCAGCGCUGGGGAUGGAGGUGAUCUCUCCCACCUUUCUCAACAAGCCUUGACCCAGGGGGAGAUGAGCAGUGCUGCCCUGGAAACCAUUCAGACCAAGGACAAGCCGAAGACAAGGAGGAUGUCUGAGGGUCUGUUAACCUUACAGAGAGGCCUGACUGACUGUACUGACCCUAAGGGGGUUACCCUGAAGCCAGUAGUUUCCCUGUCAGCCUCACAGAGGCUCCUGGUAACCUCUGAGACCAUGCCUCUUAUCCAGAACAGCCUUCCUUCCUCAGAGCCCAGCAGGAUGAGCAACGGAGAGCAGGAGCAUGGGGAAAAUGGCACAGGCUGUGAUGACAAUGAUGAGAAUAACAAGGAGCUGAUGUCAGAGGGAAAAGGAUGUAAAGAUUCCCUGCUGCCCUCGUAUUGUAGUGGUGGGGAUGGGAAGAUGUCGCUGGGAGUGUCUUUGAUUCCCCCUAUCCCCAAGUCAGCGAGACCAUCUGAUGGGGCUCCUGGUAGCACUGCAGUGCCUCUCCCAGGCUCUCAGCACCAAGAGGCCCUGGAGAUGAGGCCAAGAUCAGGCAGCAGAAGUGAAGGGAAGACCCUUGAAUCUCUAGAGCUCCAGACUCUGGAACCCGUCUUGCCUGUUCUCCAGCAUUGUGGUUUUGGUGGCGUGAAGUCUGCUGGACACUUGUGUGAACCUGUGCCCCUGUUAACAGGCCUCCCUCUCAGCCAGGCCAAGGAGACGGAUCAUCUCGUCAGCCCUCACCUUCUGAGUGACGACGACUUGAAGGACAGCAGUGGAAGGAUCCAUGUUACCUUGUCCAAGUCAGCUCAGAAGAAAAUACACCAGAAGCGAAUGAGAGAGAUGGAGCUUUUGCAGAGAGAGAGAGAAAGAGAAAAGGAAAAGUCCUUGCAGCUCUCUAUGCAGAUUGUUGGCCCUGGGGAUGCAGCUGAAAAAAGCUUUGGCCUACCGCCUAUCAUUUGGCCCAGCACAAGCAAUGCAUGCAGAGAGCAGGCUGGUACUGCCUUGAGGAAGCAGGUCAACAGGCACUCACUGCCCAGCAUCCCUGUCAUCAGCCAGAGUGGUAGCUUUCCACGCAACUCCUCAGCAAACUCGCUGCCGGCCAUUGCUCUGGACUUCCUGGAGUGGGGAGAGGAGCCAGAGUGUGCCCAGGAAGCUAGACCCUUCCCUUACCCACAGCAGGAGUUGCUCAACGCACUCACAUGGCUCAGCAGUGAUGACUGGGAGCAGAAGGCAAAGGGACUCUUCAGUGUCAGAUGUCUGGCUAUCUGCCACUCAGAAGUCCUUCUUUGUAGACUUCAAGAUGUUUCCUUGGCAGUUACCAAAGAGGUGAACAACCUCCGCUCAAAGGUGUCUCGCUUUGCAAUCAGCAUUCUUGGAGAGCUCUUCAGGACCAUGAAGAAGCACAUGGACCACGAGGUGGAUGAGGUUGCUCGGGUCUUGCUCCAGAAGACAGGGGACACCAGCGAGUUCAUUCAGAAAGCAGCUAAUCGAUCCCUGGGGAUCAUGGUGGGGACUGUGACUCCUGCACGAGCAAUGACUGCUCUUAUAGCUAGUGGAGUCAAGCACCGCAAUGUCCUGGUGCGGAAGUGUGCGGCUGAACACUUGCUGACUGUGAUGGAGCAAAUUGGAGCUGAGAAGCUCCUGUCGGGAACAAGUUACAGCACCGAGCUGCUAGUGAGCACGCUCGUGAAGCUUGCUCAGGACUGUCAUCAGGAUACAAGGUGUUAUGGACGGAAAAUGCUGAAUAUACUGAUGAGUCAUCAAAAAUUUAAUAGCUAUUUGAAAUGGUCUGUCCCCUCACGUGACUUGCAAGAUGUUAUGGCAAGAAUUAAGCAGAAAGGGACAGAAGACCAUAAAUAUGAACUUCCACCUGUCAAGGACCCCAGGAGGCCUAGGAACAGUGGCUUGGUGAUGCCCCAGGACAACUUGCCUUCUGAUGGAGGGUCUGGCUCUGACCUACUUGUCUUACCCCGUCAGACAGCCUGUCGCACGUCACUUCAGACUGUGGAAGAAACUGAACAGCUCAAUGAGCUUUACAAGCUCCUGUCAGCCAAGGAGUUUCAGACACGAGUGGAGGGAGUGGUGCUCCUCCUCAAUCACUGCAAAAGCAGCCCUCAGCUCAUCUCCUCUAACAUUGCCCAGAUUUUUGAUGUUUUUGUCCUGAGACUUCAGGAUUGCAACAAGAAAGUGAAACAGCAGGCGCUGGAGGCGCUGGCUUCAAUGACGCCCAUGCUCAGAGAUGCCUUACACCCAGUGCUGAUCUCUCUGGUAGCAGCAGUCACUGACAACCUGAACUCAAAGCACUUGGGGAUUUAUGCUGCAGCUGUGAAAGUGCUGGAAGCAUCCAUUGCUCACCUCGAUAACCCAUUGCUGCUGCAAGCCUUUGCCCACCGAGUGCGUUUCCUCAGUGGCCAAGCUCUGCUGGAUGUCACAGAACACCUCUCAGUACUUGUGGCGUCUGUUCAUCCCCGGAAACCCCAAGCUGUCAAGCGCUACGCCCUGCCCGCGCUCUGGUUCUUCCUGGGAAAUGCGGUCCUGCCUGUCCGAAGUGGCAAAGUCAGGCCUGUGGUUGCCAAGUUUGCAAAGAGCCUCUAUCAAGUGAUGGGCUCCGGGCUGAAGGAGCAUGCUGCCAAGCAGCCUCAGCAUGUGGCGAAAAACCUCUGCGACAUUUUGGACCUGAAUGUCGAGUGA